CAUAGAGCAGCGACUUCAAAUUUAUACCACUCUGACAAAACCCUCGAGAUGCUGCCUACGGCAAAAAAGGGGGCCUGCCAGUUUAGGCCAACUUUUGACCAGAGCUUCCAGUGGGUUCACUUGGAGGUCCCUUCGCACAACUUCCUCAGAGAGCGCGCAGUCUGGAAGUCGGUCGCGAAUGCACCGACAGCAUCGGAAGGGACUCGAGGGUUUGCGAUGGUCGCGCGCCAUGACUUGAAUAGCAAGAGUAUUGAGAGUUUCGCUGCGCCCAUGCGGUAAUGCUUGUCAAGAUCUGGGUGUGGCCGUGUGAAAAGAAUAAUCGGAAUCAGUGUCCGCUUCACAC